UGUUUUUUAUCGAUCUCAUGACGUCAUUUCCGGUAAAUAUAGCGAUGGACGUGGAAUACACCAACGGGACCUGCACGAUGUAGUGCGACUGUAACCUGCUGUAAGACAAUGGUGAGCCGUGUGAGGCUACAGUACUGUAAGGUGAUCCUUGUCACCUCUAUGGUCUGGUUCCUCAUCGAUGUCUUCAUUUUGAUGUACUAUACCGAUUGUGCAGCCAUGGGAUCAGGUGCAGAAUGCAAGGGAAAAAACGAUAAUCAGCCGCGUAUGGAUACAAAACAUCAGGGCGGCGAUGAUGGAUUCCUAGGCAAACUCUUACCCAAAGGACUAAUGAAACGACCUCCCACUGGUCCAGGAGAAAUGGGUAAGGGUGUAGUGGUGCCCUCUGACCGACAGAGCGAGGCCAAAGAAAAGUUCAAAAUUAACCAGUUUAACCUUGUGGCCAGCGACAUGAUGUCUCUCAACCGCUCCCUCCCUGACUACAGGAUGGAUGCCUGUAAAAGGAAGAAGUAUGCACCCGUGGAAGACCUUCCAACCACCAGUAUAGUGAUUGUGUUCCACAAUGAGGCUUGGUCCACCCUGCUACGUACUGUACACAGUAUCAUCAACCGGUCACCAGCUCGUCUGCUUAAGGAGAUCAUUUUAGUGGACGAUGCCAGUGAGCGAGAGGAACUUGGCAGAAAACUUGAAAAAUAUAUAGCAACUUUGCCUGUCCUUACGAAGGUGAUGAGGUCAGAGUCACGAAACGGACUGAUCCGGGCUAGACUGACAGGAGCAGCAGCGGCUAAGGGAGAUGUAAUCACAUUCCUGGAUGCUCACUGUGAGUGUACGGAGGGCUGGCUGGAACCAUUAUUAGCCGAGAUCCACAAGGACAGGACCUCUGUGGUUUGCCCAAUCAUUGACGUCAUCAGUGAUGACACGUUUGAAUAUAUUACUGGAUCUGAUAUGACCUGGGGUGGUUUUAACUGGAAACUCAACUUUAGGUGGUAUCCUGUACCGCAGAGGGAGCUGGACCGACGAAAUGGAGAUCGCAGUAACCCCACAAAAACUCCUACAAUGGCAGGUGGGCUAUUUGCCAUUGAUAGAAGCUACUUCUAUGAGGUUGGCUCCUACGAUGAAGGCAUGGAUAUAUGGGGCGGUGAAAACUUGGAGAUGUCCUUCAGAGUAUGGAUGUGCGGCGGACAGGUGUUUAUUGUGACCUGCUCCAGAGUCGGACACGUGUUCAGGAAGACCUCACCAUACUCCUGGCCUGGGGGCGUGGCACGCAUCAUCAACCACAACACACAACGUAUUGUGGAGGUGUGGAUGGAUGAAUACAAGGAAUUCUUCUAUAAAAUAAAUCCAGCGGUGAAAAGUACCAGUUACGGGGACGUGACAGCUAGAAAAGACAUGAGGAAGAAAAUGAAUUGUAAAAGUUUCCGCUGGUACUUAGAAAACGUGUAUCCAGAAUCUCAGAUGCCAGUGGACUACUUCGCCUUGGGAGAGAUUCGUAACAAAGAGACAGGUCACUGUGUGGACAGUAUGGGAAGGAAGAGCGGGGAGAAAGUUGGCCUUGUCAACUGUCAUGGCAUGGGCGGCAACCAGAUAUUUUCUUACACCAAAAAGAAAGCUUUACAAACUGAUGACUUGUGUUUGGAUGUGUCGUCCAUCGGUGGGCCGGUAAAAUUGUUUCAGUGUCAUGGUCUGGGUGGCAACCAGCAGUGGGAUUAUAACGGACAGACAUUGGAGCUGCGACACAUUAAUAGCAAACAAUGUCUAGGUGCUGCCAAGCCGUCAGAUAGGGAGGCACCAACAAUUGGAGCUUGUGAUGGUAGUGCUUCUCAAAAAUGGAUAAUAAAGGAUAUGAAAUGGUGAUAAAAGGUGUAGUCUAGUAUUCAAUGUAAAAACUUGUGAUAAGCUUAAAAUAUUUAAUUAUCUGCCACAACUGUGAGAAUGGAGACUUGACAGUGAUCAGUGAUGUGUGACUCGCAGCAAAUAGAGAGUUGUUCAGUGAUGUGUGACUUGCAGCAAAUUAAAUGGAGACAUGAUCAGUGAUGUGUGACUUGCAGCAAAUGGAGACAUGAUCAGUGAUGUGUGAUUUGCAGCAAAUGGAGACGUGGUCAGUGAUGUGUGACUUGAAGCAAAUGGAGACGUGAUCAGUGAUGUGUGACUUGAAGCAUAUUGAAACACAAUCAUUGGUGUGACUGCAAAUCAUGAAUGGUGGUCAGCGAUGUGUCAUUCAAAGUCAAUAGAAAUCUGAUAAGUUGAUGCAUGUGACACACACAAACAGUAAAGUGUUUAGCAUGCUGCGAACGGUGACUGAUCACGAUCGGUGAUGAGUAACAUUGUGUGCUUUCUAUGACACAGGAACUGUCAAGACCAAAUUAAAUCAUUACCUCGACUACAUCUAGCAAUGAAAAGUAUCAACAGUCCAGUAGAUGGUGUGAUGGGGUACUGCCAAUAACAUUGGCGGUGGAAAUGUCUACAUAGGGCUAGGUAAACUGUUACAAGACAGUUAAGGAUGUAUGCUACCUUUCUAACGAUAAUCUCACUUUCAAAAGAGUUCUCAAAAGCACCUGUAACUUAUAAUUUGGAUGUUAGCAUUGAUUUGGAAAGUUGACAGAUGUGCUAAGAUCAGGACUACUAAGGCCUGUUUGUAAAGAACUGAUCAUGAAGUUCAAAUCAAUGUGUGGGGUAGCAUGUUACCUUUGAUGUGUUAGAAUGCUGGGAAUUGUCAGCUAACAGAGGAAAUGACCACAUUUUUGCUAGUUUUCAUUAUUCCACAUGUUUUACGUAUUUACAAUCUUUACAUAGUCCUAUGGUAGCAGUAUCCAGUAGUAUGUUAUUGUGAUAGUCCACUUCUGUGAGUGAUUAUUAGGGUAUCGUGGCUGCUGUACAAUGAAGUACGUUUAGAUCAUUAGGCGGCUACACGUUCUUGUGUUGUUUUUUUUUUCUAAUUUUUUAUUGUUAAUUUAUAAUGAUAGGAAUCAUUCCCAAAAAAAUCUGUAUAGCUCAUUUUUGACUGAUUUUGGUCUGGUCAGAUCUGGUAUUUUUCUCUGAUAAAUUUUUGUCUGAUAAUUAAUGUCUGUUCUGAGAUGGAGAACUCUAGUCUUGUCAAGUUGGGGUCAUCCAACCUUGACCUGAGGUCUGAUUGAGAUCAUGCAACCUUGACCUGAGGUCUGAUUGAGAUCAUCCAACCUUGACCUGAGGUCUGAUUGAGAUCAGCCAACCUUGACCUGACGUCCCACUGGGAUCAGCCAACCUUGACCUGUGGUGUUGAUCACCCAACCUUGAUCUGACGUCUGAUUAUGGUCAGCAAACUUGACCAGAAGUCUUGUUAGAGUCUGCAGACCUAGGCCUGUGCUCUGGUUGGGAUCAGCCAACAUUGAUCUAUGAUUAUGUCCAGCCAAUUUGAACUUCAAGUUUGCCUUUGGAUCUGCCAACCUUGUUUGACCUAUAUAAUUAGAUUGGGUUAGCCAACCUUUACCCCAGGGCCCACUUGUUCAAAAGAUAAUUAGGCUAAUCACAAUUUAACAACAAUUUAAAAAACCUGAUAAAUCAUGUUUUUAAAAAACUGACGUGACAAAACUUUAUGAAACUAUAUAAAUGUAACACUCAUCAGUCCUUCCUACCUGUCCAUUUUAAGGAAUACACACAGCGGUUUUGAAGUAAAGUAGAAAUGAGAUUUUCACUAAUCAAGUGAUUAAGCUAAUCACCUUUUGAACAACUGGGCCAGGAUCAAUGACUUGAGAUCAGACUGACAUGGGUCACUUUUGACCUGAGCAACAAGGUCAUUGUUUCACAUUUUAUAUCAAGCUUUGUACAGUAUUAAAAUCUCAAAUUCCAAUAUCUGGAUAUUUGAGAAAUCUGUAUUACCUUAAAAAGCAGUGUUUCGCUGUUUCAACUUGUAAAUUAUCACUUGAAAUUAAUAUUCUGAUAAGACUACAUUUCAGUGUACAGUAAAAUCUAACAUAAUUUUGUGAUUGUCAUGAAAAUACCCUUUAUUAUCACUACAGAUAAAUUGAACUUAUUGAUUUUACAAUUGGUGAAAGUUGGACUGAAAUAAUUACUUAAAUGAUGUAUAUCUGUAAAACUAGCAACAUAAUAGUACAGUGAUUAUUUUUAUAUGAAUUUUGUGCAAGAUUGUCAUUUGCUGGCAUCAUCUUUUCAAAUAGAAUGUGUGUAAGGAUUUGUAUAAGAGUGCGUGUUUGUAUGGAAGGGCUUGCAAGGUGAACCUGAAAUGUUGUUGUACUUAAAUUAUAUAUAAUAGCUAUAUUUAGUAUUCUAAAAAAUACUUUAAAAUUUUGUUUGUAUAUUUUGAUUUGUAUAUUUUAACUGUAUAUGCAAUGUGUAGUGUAGAGAACCAUUAUGUAAACCUAUAUUGAUGUACAUUUGAUAAAUAGCCAUUAUCCUGCUCCACCUUCUAAGUCAGCUCACAUUGAUGACUUCGAAUUCAUAGCAUCAAACAUGCUCAUUGCUAAAUUAUGGUAAUGAAAUUGAAAAUUUUGAUUUGAAUGAGAAGUUAUUUUAUAUUUAGCAAUAUAUUAAUUUGAUGUAAUGAUUUUUCAUUUUAUGUUGAUGUAGAAUAUAAUGAUUUUUUUAUUAUUAAGAUGCACAUUGAAAUGAUAUUUUCUGAACAGAUUACAGUCGAACCUCAUUAUCUCCCAAGUUAUUGGGCUCAUGGACAAACUUUGAGAUAUCCUGGGUAUUUGAGAUAUCCUGAGUAUUUGAGAUAUCCUUGAGUGUUUGAGAUAUCCGGAUUAUUUGAGAUAUCCUGAGUAUUUGAGAUAUCCUGAGUAUUUGAGAUAUCCGGAUUAUUUGAGAUAUACUGAGUAUUUGAGAUAUCCUGAGUAUUUAAAAUAUCCUGAGAAUUUGAGAUAUCCGGAGUAUUUGAGAUAUCCUGAGUAUUUGAGAUAUCCUGGGUAUUUAAAAUAUCCUGGGUAUUUGAGAUAUCCUGAGUAUUUGAGAUAUCUUGGGUAUUUCAGAUAUCCUGAGUAUUUGAGAUAUCCUGAGUAUUUGAGAUAUCCUGGGUGUUUGAGAUAUCCUGAGUAUUUGAAAUAUCUAGAGUAUUUCAGAUAUCCUGAGUAUUUGUGAUAUCCUGGGUAUUUGAGAUAUCCUGAGUAUUCGAGAUAUCCUGGGUAUUUCAGAUAUCCUGAGUAUUUGAGAUAUCCUGGGUAUUUCAGAUAUCCUGAGUAUUUGAGAUAUCCUGAGUAUUUGAGAUAUCCUGGGUGUUUGAGAUAUCCUGAGUAUUUGAGAUAUCCUAAGUAUUUGAGGUAACCUUUGUAUUUUACAUAUGAUUUUUACUGUCAGAACUGAAUGUUAAUUUCCAGUUAAGCAGGGUUAUUGAGUUAUCAGAAUUUGAGAUAACAAGUAUUAACUAUUUGUAAUUCAGGUGCUCACAGUUGAGAAAGUAAACCAAGAUGCAAUAUAUUAAAUAAGACUAGACCAAUUUACAUAAAUUACUUGAAUUUAUAUUUCCUCAUUAAAAUUUUUCCAAGUUCUGGACCCAAAGUAUCAAAUUUCAUAAGGUCAGUAUCACCAAUAGCUCGGACCUCAAACAGAGACAUUCAAAUGUAUUCAAAACUGUCUGAUACUGAUCCUUGGAAACUUAAAAGACUGUUGCUGACUAGCUAGUAAAUUAAAGCUUUAGGUGCCUGCUGCUUGUUAAAAUUUGCAUCAUAUCUUAUAUGGCAAUCUACUACAACAAUGACGUGAUGAAUGACAACGUUGAGGAUACAUUUUCUGUCUAGCUUAGGGGUAGUAUGUGUCGUCAUGUCCACCAGUUGAUGCCCUGGAUUUCCGUGUUUACAGGUUUAUCUGGCAAGCCUCUUUAGAUCAAUAUUUAUUUCAGGCAGUUAGUGUUGAUAUCCAUUUUGGCCAUAUCAUGGAAAGCCUCCAGAAGACACUGUUUCCGUGGUAACCCCUGAUCAACAUCACCUACAGCUAAAUGUCAUGCAGGCAUGACAAGUAUUGUGUUCCCUAUCACCAUUGUAUGUUCAGUUGCCUGAUUUCAGUCUUUAUGUUUACGAAGAUAUAUAUAAUGAAGUACUUUUAGUUUGACUUCAAACUAAUGAUUUUAAUUCCUAGGGAGAAGAUAUUGACCUAGUGACUAUUUUGGUAAGUGGUCUGCCCUAGUUUAACCCCAGGUGGGCCUGUCUCCAUCACCUAUAACCAUCGCACUGAGACAAGUAAACCAUUAAUUAUUUACAAUUGUAUUUUUGGAAGGCUGAUUUCUUUCCAUUAUUCGGCCAAUAUUCUUAAACUUUGCAAUAAGUUAAUUACCAGUUAUUUUUAGGUACAUGUAUUACGAAAUUAGUAAUAUCAUAUUUUUUUAUACUUAUUUUCAGCAAUUAUGAGAUGACAUGAUAUUAUGUUUUCUAGUAACUACAUAUAACACAUAUUAUAUUUGUGCCAUGCUUUUGUUACUUAUUCCAAAGACUCUUUGCGCUAGCUUUACCAAGUAAGAGGCUCAUGUUUUCUGACUUAGAGGUUCCCAAUUAUUACAGCAAGAUAUUUACUGCAUAAUUACUUUUCCUGCAAGGACAGAUUCGCUUGUUUCUCCAAAUACUUUACAAAGUGUCAUUGAUGACAGAUAAUUUCUUUGCUAAGGUAUGAACUAUAACUGUUGAAAUCUAUCACUUUAGCCUGCCACUGAGAUUACUUGACAAAAUCAGUUUCUAUUCAGUAUCAAAUUUUAACUCAAAAAAGGAGAGAUUGACAAGUUUUGAAUCAAUUUGUGCGAUUUUUUUUGGAUUUUUUAAAAACAUUUUUGUAGUUUUUACUCGCUUGUGCAUUUAGAGAUGGGCAUACCUUAAUAUUCUAAUCAAAGUUAUAACCAAAUUACUUCUGGCGUUGGAUGGUGACAUAUUCGGUCCUAAAUUACCUUCUUAGAUUGACGUGUCUGACGUUAGAUGUAGACAUGUGUCUGACGUUAGAUGUAGACAUGUGUCUGACGUUAGAUGGUGACGGAUGGUGACAUGUGUCUGACGUUAGGUGGUGACAUGUGUCUGACGUUAGAUGGUGACGGAUGGUGACAUGUGUCUGACGUUAGGUGGUGACAUGUGUCUGACGUUAGAUGGUGACGGAUGGUGACAUGUGUCUGACGUUAGGUGGUGACAUGUGUCUGACGUUAGAUGGUGACGGAUGGUGACAUGUGUCUGACGUUAGAUGUAGACAUGUGUCUGACGUUAGAUGGUGACGGAUGGUGACAUGUGUCUGACGUUAGGUGGUGACAUGUGUCUGACGUUAGAUGGUGACGGAUGGUGACAUGUGUCUGACGUUAGAUGUAGACAUGUGUCUGACGUUAGAUGUAGACAUGUGUCUGACGUUAGAUGUAGACAUGUGUCUGACGUUAGGUGGUGACGGAUGGUGACAUGUGUCUGACGUUAGAUGGUGACGGAUGGUGACAUGUGUCUGACGUUAGAUGUAGACAUGUGUCUGACGUUAGAUGUAGACAUGUGUCUGACGUUAGAUGUAGACAUGUGUCUGACGUUACAUGGUGACGGAUGGUGACAUGUGUCUGACGUUAGAUGGUGGCGGAUGGUGACAUGUGUCUGACGUUAGAUGGUGACGGAUGGUGACAUGUGUCUGACGUUAGAUGUAGACAUGUGUCUGACGUUAGAUGUAGACAUGUGUCUGACGUUAGAUGUAGACAUGUGUCUGACGUUAGAUGUAGACAUGUGUCUGACGUUAGAUGGUGACGGAUGGUGACAUGUGUCUGACGUUAGAUGUAGACAUGUGUCUGACGUUAGAUGGUGACGGAUGGUGACAUGUGUCUGACGUUAGAUGUAGACAUGUGUCUGACGUUAGAUGGUGACGGAUGGUGACAUGUGUCUGACGUUAGGUGGUGACGGAUGGUGACAUGUGUCUGACGUUAGAUGUAGACAUGUGUCUGACGUUAGAUGGUGACGGAUGGUGACAUGUGUCUGACGUUAGAUGGUGACGGAUGGUGACAUGUGUCUGACGUUAGAUGUAGACAUGUGUCUGACGUUAGAUGUAGACAUGUGUCUGACGUUAGAUGGUGACGGAUGGUGACAUGUGUCUGACGUUAGAUGUAGACAUGUCUGACGUUAGAUGUAGACAUGUGUCUGACGUUAGAUGUAGACAUGUGUCUGACGUUAGGUGGUGACGGAUGGUGACAUGUGUCUGACGUUAGAUGGUGACGGAUGGUGACAUGUGUCUGACGUUAGGUGGUGACGGAUGGUGACAUGUGUCUGACGUUAGAUGUAGACAUGUGUCUGACGUUACAUGGUGACGGAUGGUGACAUGUGUCUGACGUUAGAUGGUGACAGAUGGUGACAUGUCCAGUCGUUCAUUGUCUAGGUUCUACUCUAUCUGGUGUUACGUACUUUGUUCAGUAUUUACAUUAUGUAUAUUAAGGCGGAGGCUGUAAGCGAUAGUUUACUGUAUUCCUAUAGGUUUUGUGUAUUAUGACUGUAGUACCGAUGUCUAAUACUGGGUAUUAAAUACCCGUGUUCUAGCCUUAUUUUGUUGGAUCUGUAUGUGAUUCAAAUCAUUUGCGAUUUUAUAUAUUUCUCGAUCGUUCUGAAUUCCUACGAGAUGAAGUAUUAGGAGAGGCCAAACAGCUUUGAUUUUACCCGCAUAUUUGUUACAUUCCUGGGCCGGAUUGUACGACUGGCCCUUGACGCUGUGAUCUAUAUUAGUCAAUCAACAUAUACAUACACAAAAAUCUAUCAAAAUCUAAUUGAAAAUCAACAGGAUUAUUUUAGGAAAAAGGUGUUUUCACUUUUCAGCGUAAUAUUGCUUGGUUUCCAUAUAUAUAUAUAUACAUGUAUAUGUAUCUUAUAUCUUACUCUCCCACCAAAAAUGAAAUCAAACUAUAUGGUAUAUACAACAUUUAUUUCAUUUUAUUGUUUAAGUGCGAUUUUAUAGAUAUUUUUAAUUUUGUGUAUAUUAUUUCGAUUGUAUACUGCAAAGUGGAACAGCUCUGUUCUUUAAAAGUAACAUUGAGCAAUAUCACGUUUUCUUGUAUUUUUUGGUCAGAAAUUAUAAUGUGUUACAAACGUUGAUACUGACCACAUGGGCAUGUCUUGUUUUAUAUUAAAAAUAGCCAGAAAUACCUAUAUAUGUAAGAAAAUAGAUGCCCCUGUGUACUGACGAUUAACUAUGUGAGGUAAGAUUUUCACACAUAUUUAUAUUGGUAUGUUUUGGAAUAGUAAAAUUUGUAUUAUUCAUUAAAAGAAAAGUUUUAGCAAACCAGCUAUGCGAAUAACAGUGAACAUUUUGUGACGAAAUAAAGACCAUCUACAUUGCUGGUUAUAACAUGAUCUCUACAAGCUAAAAUUCCAGUAACAAGCGUAGAAUAGACACAGAUGUUCACAACUUCUUUUGAAUCAUGAUGCAAAAAUUAUUUUGUAACAAUUUGUCUCGAAAAAGUAUGAAGAGUUAAUUAGAGAUAGUAUUCAUUUUUUGUCUUUGCUUUAAGUGGUGAGCGGGUCUAUGUGCCAUGCUUUGAUAAUGUGUUCAUAACCCUGUAGGGUCUACGUAUUCCACUAGUGUAGGUCACGUGUUUGGAUGAUGAAGUCUUGUUAGACUUAAUUUAGAUACCGACCAGCGAUUGAUGUGUUCGCGAGGUCUGUGGUGUUGGUACUGUCAUCUAGUUCAUUAAUUAAUAUCUUGAUAUAAUUUUUAUGGCUACAAAUAGUAAAGUUACAAUUGAACUAGACCAUCUCCACCCGUAUUAUCUGUAAAUGAUUUAAGGAAAAAUAAGGUACAUGCUACAGUAGUUAAUUUAAACUUUUAUUUAAAAUCACAUUUUUCUUAAUUUUUACUACUUUUUCUAGUUUUAGUUAUCAUUUUAUUACACAUUCAUAUAAUUAUAUACUUUAUCGAGCGUACCCGACACAGACCAUAUGCAGAUAUAGAACAUAUAUAUUGUUUAUGUGUAUUUUUUGAAUUACGAAAUUUACACUUUGAUGUUUCGCUCUAUAAUCAAGGCUACCGGAACAUCUUCGUUAUCUGUUCACGCCAACCAUUUGUUACAACUUAUCAAAUCUUAUGUUAUUAGCUAACAACUUUUAGUGUAAACAGUAAUUUGACAAAUUUAUUUUGAAAUAAAUAAAUAUAUAGAGCCUUUAACUAUCCUCGGCCCGUUUAGAAAUUUUUAUGAAGAUGCACGAGAUGUUCCGGUUGUCAUCAGUGAUUUUUUUUAUGAAGAUGCACGAGAUGUUCCGAUGGUCAUCAGUGAUUUUUUUAUAAAGAUGCACAGAUGUUCCGGUGGUCAUCAGUGAUUUUUUUAUGAAGAUACACGAGAUGUUCCGGUGGCCAGGAGAGUUAUGGAGUGAUAACUCUUUGGUGCCGAUCUAGUCAGUACUACGGCUCUUGUUCUUGCUCCAAUUUUGAUGUUUUGGUAUUGCCUGGUGUUUUAUUGUUACGCAAUGUGUAUAAAAAACCGCAGGACAACAUUAACUUUGUCUUAGUCAAAUACCGGGUAGCGUGAAAUGUCGACAUCUUUUAAAAACUCAUCUUAACAAAUAGUAUUUCAGAUAUGACUAUUUUCGACUCAAACUCAACGUAACAUCAUGGUAAACAGUGUGUUGUUAUUUACUGUAAGUAAUGCACAAUAAGGUUAAAUUUUCAUUGGAUAACUAACGAAAAUAUCUUUUGGCGUUUACGAAAAUAUAACGAAAAACAAAACAAAAACACGUGUUGACGUUAAUGUAACUCUAAACAUCAUGUUGUCAGACUUUAACGCAUAAGGUUCACAUUGUCACAUUGAGUACGUGAUGCACGUGCUCGUACCAGUGCGUUGCUCCGUGACUGCUGUGUAGGGACACCUCCACGUUGUUGUAGUAUAGGGGUGCGAGAUUAGUACAGUGUGUUUAUACGGUUAUGGAGUAGAACUAUAUGCAAGUUUGUACACUUUUCUAAGCUUAGUGUAUCCUCAUCGUUAUUCAACCUUGUUAACAUCAUCCAUUAAACAGAACAUACUGAA